AAUCCGGACAAAAGAUUGUCCGUAAACUUGAGAAUUAUUCCACCCAAUAAAGGGCCAAUUGCGAAUCCUAUAAAUAUCGCAGAUUGUAUACGUCCCUACAAGAAUAUUAAUUAUAGUACUUAUAACGGCACCGAUAGUGGGUAA